AUGGGUGGUGAUGCAGGUGGCGCAAAUGGAGCUGGAGAAUCACAGAAUGCAGGUGGUGAUGCAGGUGGCGAAACUGGAGCUGGCGAAUCAGAAAAUGCAGGUGGUGAUGCAGGUGGCGCAACUGGAGCUGGACAAUCUGAAGAUGCAGGUGGUGAUGCAGGUGGCGCAACUGGAGCUGGAGAAUCUGAAGAUGCAGGUGGUGAUGCAGGUGGCGCAACUGGAGCUGGAGAAUCAGAAAAUGCAGGUGGUGAUGCAGGUGGCGCAACUGGAGCUGGAGAAUCUGAAGAUGCAGGUGGUGAUGCAGGUGGCGCAACUGGAGCUGGAGAAUCAGAAAAUGCAGGUGGUGAUGCUGGUGGCGCAACUGGAGCUGGAGAAUCUGAAGAUGCAGGUGGUGAUGCAGGUGGCGCAACUGGAGCUGGAGAAUCUGAAGAUGCAGGUAGUGAUGCAGGUGGCGCAACUGGAGCUGGAGAAUCUGAAGAUGCAGGUGGUGAUGCAGGUGGCGCAACUGGAGCUGGAGAAUCUGAAGAUGCAGGUGGUGAUGCAGGUGGCGCAACUGGAGCUGGAGAAUCUGAAGAUGCAGGUGGUGAUGCAGGUGGCGCAACUGGAGCUGGAGAAUCUGAAGAUGCAGGUGGUGAUGCAGGUGGCGCAACUGGAGCUGGAGAAUCUGAAGAUGCAGGUGGUGAUGCAGGUGGCGCAAACUGGAGUGAAGAAUCUGAAGAUGCAGGGU